AUUACUCGAGCCCGCGAAAACCUCGAAAUGCCUCGUUCCACCCUGAGUGCCCCGGAUGUAAAAGCAACCCUCCCUUGAGGAACUAGAGAGAUUACCAGAACGCGAGCCCGGACCUGAGGAAUAAAGGGCAAGUGGACUACAUGCGCAUGCGCUUCUCCUGAACAAGAAGCCAAUCGAUUUCUUCCCUCCCCCUCUGCGAGAGAUUGGAAUUUAGGCGCGUGAGAAAAGCCUCCCUUGGUCAUAUGCGCAUGCGUGGCUGUUGUCGUCACUUCCUGUUGAUUCUUUUGCGUUCACUUCCGACAGUGACUCUGUGGAGUGUGCGGUAUUCAUUAUAUGGCAGGUUCGGUAAUAUCCUAACAGUCUACCAAUGGAAUCAGAAGCUAAAGAAGGAGAUGAAGAAAGUCUGCAAACUGCUUUCAAAAAGCUGAGAGUAGAUCCAGCUGGGUCUUCUACAUCUGUAAGUGAAGGUACAGGCCUGAGAGCUGCUGUCCGAGCAACUGUGGAUGGAGCUAGGCAUCAAACUGUCUGCUCAAGAGAAACCUGGCAUGGGUGUGCAAGGAAACCCUUGAGAGGGGCAACGAGGCCACAGCGCCGCAGGCGUUCCAAAUCUCCUGUCCUGCAUCCCCCCAAGUUUACAUACUGUGGUAUGAAAGCAUCCUCUGCAGGUAACCAGCUGAAGCACAAAAGCCAGGCAGAUGUUUCAAAGGGCAAACACAGUCCAGAGCCUGGUGUUCCAGAAGAGCCACACUUGGGAGGAAAGAGAUGCCCUCUUUUUGACAGCAAUAACUGCAGAAGAGCCAGAGCAGAGCACCGGAGCACUUGCACAAGUGAGCAAGCUUUGGAGAAUUUGCGAAAGAGUUGUCCUGCUUUUUCUUUGGCCUUUGACAACAGCCUGGAUCCCAGCCAUUCUUCAGAUUUCCAGUCAUUAUCCAAGCUGAGUUAUGAGAAGCAGUGCUCUUGUCUGGACAAGGAAUGCCGAUGCAAACCAUGGCAGGCGAUAGAAGCAUAUUCAUUCUCUGGCUUGCGGAGCGUCCUGUCAGAAUGUGAAAAAGCAGUCCUGGAAGUGCGUUCACAGUCACUGCCAAACAGGCCACCCUCUGGUACAUGUUCAUCAGGCUCUGCCCGGUCGUGUUCUGAGCAAGCUCGUGUCUUUGUGGAUGAUGUGACUAUUGAAGAUCUUUCAGGGUACAUGGAGUAUUAUUUGUAUAUUCCCAAGAAAAUGUCCCACAUGGCAGAGAUGAUGUACACUUGACAUGAGAAUCAUGGGUUGGCAGUUCAGUGGUGGUAGUGAGAUGUUCCCUCAGUGCCAUAGUUGGAAAUGUAUCCAUUGUUAUUGCUGCGUGUUUGAUCAAAUGUUUAUUUGCGCCAUACAAUGUAGUUUUUUAAAUAAAGCGAAAAAGAGACCAUA